GGCUCAUUCAGCCGAGGAACUCAUGUCUCACACUAUAUUCUCCCACUGCCUCUUUGCCUUCGAGAGCAUGGGGCAGGCAAAGAGGCAAGUCUGUCUGACUCCAGAGGCACUGAAACACUUGUAUGGAUCCGUUUUUUUGGAGCACACCAUGCUUACACUGAUGGACUCCAUUUCUUUACCUUGCUGAACCAUCCUAGACAAGAAAAACAGGCUGGUGUUUCUGAUGCAGAGUUCGCUUCCAAUCAUGCCAACCUAAGCUAAAUCAAGGAAGCUUGGAGGACUUUGAGGAGUUCCAAGAAGAUCUGCAGCGGGAGUGUCAGCACGUCUCUGGCAGUCAUGGGCACAGAAAAACAAAACUGUACCGAAAGUCUGAGCGUGGAGCAGAACGGUGGCCCGGCCAUCAGCGCGAUGAUGUUCGCAGCUGGAGUUCUCGGGAACCUGAUUGCGUUGGUUCUCCUGGAGUUUCGCAGGAGGAAAGAGAAGAACCGACAGAGACAGUCUCUCUUCCAUUUGCUGGUGACCACGCUGGUCAUUUCGGAUCUCAUGGGAACCUGCUUGAUCAGUCCCCUGGUGCAGACGGCAUACUUAACCAACACCACACUGGUUGGGCUGAGCGAGACCCGCGCGGCGUGUGAAUAUUUUGGAUUUGCCAUGACUUUCUUCAGUCUGGCGACGCUCUCCAUCCUCUUCACCAUGGCACUGGAGAGGUGCCUGUCCAUCGGGUACCCGUACUACUACGGGAGGCACGUCACCAAACGCUGCGGAUACAUCACCAUCCCUUGCAUUUAUCUAGUCUGCUUUUUAUUUUGCUUAAUGCCGUUUGCAGGUUUUGGGAAAUAUGUGCAAUACUGUCCCGGGACGUGGUGUUUUAUUGCCAUGAAUCCAGAGGGGAUUGAGGACAGGGUAUAUGUCAACUUUUAUGCCACUGUGAUGCUGCUCAUUAUUGUACUUAUAGUGGCAUGCAACUGUUUCGUAGUUUACCAUCUGGUGUUAAUGUACCGGAGGCGCAAAAUGAACCGAGGAUCGGUGCAGACCCGGAGUAAAAGGGACAGGAGGUACUUCUCGUGGGCAGAGGAGGUGGAACAUCUCAUUCUCCUGGUCUUCAUGACAGUCAUAUUUGUCAGUUGUUCCCUGCCAUUAAUGAUCCGCAUCUACAUCAACUCCAUGGGAAAGUCUAAAGGCAGCAACAAGACUGAUCUCCUAGCUCUGCAGUUCCUCUCAGGGAACUGCAUCUUCGACCCCUGGGUCUUCAUCAUCCUCAGCCCCUCUGUUCUGCGCUUCUUCUGGGGGGCGCUGUGUAAGACCAGCUUCAUAACCUCCAGAGACUCCCUGUUCAAAACGUCCAUUUCCAGAAACCCAGCAGGACGAAUCGAGCUGUACCAACCCACGUCCACCUCUGUGGAGAACACACAUGUCAACAUGUCCACCGCUCAGAUGAUCUGAUGACAUGAUGAGGACAGUAUUUAUGCACUGGAUAUAUCUAUCUAUCUAUCUAUGGUUCUGUCUAUCUAAGAACAUCUUAAAUGAUUCGCCGGCCACUAGAAAGGGCGAUCUGGUUUGUUUGUUGAUCUAAAAACAGAUUUAGAACCCCCCUGAGGUCAUUCAACUGAUAAAGCCAACUGUCAGGUCAAAGGGAUAAGUUAUGUUCCCUCAACCACUACACUAAUUGUUUUGAGGCUGAGGACCCUGUCAACUGCAAUCAUCAGAAAAAUGUUUAAGGCAUUCAGUCACAUUCUAGUCUGGCAGAGUUUAUUCUGUGUUCGGACUGUCUGAAGAUAGAGGAACCAUUCUAAAGCUAUCAUCGCUCAUACAGGUUUCUGUUGGAGGAGGGUCAAACAGGUCUAUUUCAAACAGGUCAAAGGUUAAAAGGUUGUCCUGUGCAGUAUGUCACUUUGGACACUUUUGUUGUCAAGCAAAACAUGUGACAAAGUUUUCUGCAAGCUAAGCGGUUCCUCAAGUGUUACGUAUAAAGGCUGCCUGCUUGUAUUUAUAUUAUCAACAUAUUUAUUGCGCUUUAAUUUAUGUUGAUACAGCAGUAAGUCAGUGACAUACAUGUGUCUUCAUACAUAUCUAGGCUGAUUCAGUGGUAAUUAGUCAUUUCUUUCAUGUGAGAGAUUCAGAUUGUACAUAAUUGCACAUAAUUAUUAGUAUAAGCAUAUAAGCAUGACAACAUGCGUGGUGCCGUUCAGUAUACAGACCUAUUAUUUGUGUCGAGAUACUAGUUUUACGGUGCCUUUGAAGCUCUUGAAUGUACUUGUGGAAUAAUGUGACUCGUGCAUGUGGUCUAUGCAUGUAAUUUAUGUCGUGAAAUUGUCUGUUAAAUUAAAUCACAUCAAAUCCAUCCUAAUGCACUGCGAAAAGAAUCUAAUCAUUAAGAAAUCGUAAUUUGAAGCAGGGUCGUGCGCGAUUUCGAGUUUCAGUUCAGGUCAUGAAUUUGAAUUAUGAAAGCAAACAGAAUACAAACUGUAUUUUGAGUUUGAAUGUAAGAAAUUUAAAUUAAAAUGAAUUCUAAAAAAAUCAUACCCAUGACUGAAUACCUUUGACUAGAAAAGCAACGUUUGUCAAGACAAAAUCCUUGGCUUGACGACUUUGAAAAAAGAAAAUCAUAUUUCAACCUGAUGAGCUGAAAGCGAGCCAAUUUUUUAAUUCUGAAUUUUGCCCAAACCUGUUCAUGUCUCUUAAUAAAGAAAGAAAGAAAGCA